AUGGUCAUCUUGACGGUCCCGACAUUGUUCUUCGUCAAGCCACGCUUGCCGGUAUCUGCUGCGAGUGCUCUGCGGCCUCAAUAUCUGUCCUUCGUGAAGCAUCGUCCCUUCUGGAUAUUCCAGCUCGGCAAUAUCGCGCAGUCACUCGGCGUCUUCUUACCGCCGAUCUGGAUGCCGUCUUUUGCUCUCUUGAUCGGUCUGCCAUCACAUGCAGGACCACUUAGCGUAGCUCUGUACACCAUAUACCUAGGAUGGGUCGCGGGUCGAUACCACAUCUCUCAAGCCAUCCUGAUCUCUACUAUCGGCUCCCUGGUCGCAGUCUUCGUCUUCUGA